GGCGGGCGGUCCUUCCACAGCUGACCCCUCUGCCCUCGGCCGCCGGAGGGUGGCGGGCCGGCCCGGCCUCCUGGGGAUCCCGAGCUCAGGGGAGCGGCAUCGCGCCGCCCGCCGGUUCCCCCGGCCUCGAGUCCCCGGCUCAUCCUUUUUUCUCUGGCGCCUGCUUGGAAUACCCUGUCAGUGAAGGGCGGUCAAUGCCGUUCGGCGGCCCGAAGUGAUGCGGCCGGGGCUGCCUCUGAUGGUAUUUAACAGAAAGCGGUUCCCCUUGCAACGGGAGCGCGUCCCCGGGGCUGGCCGCUUCGCCCUCCCUUGCGCACGCACUGACUCGGGUUUCUGCUGUGGACCCAGGGCACAAUUGCGAUCCCUUCUUGGGGGGGACCAGGAAAUGCAAUCCGGAUUCCCAGAAAAAGAAAAGCAAGGAGGAGCUGGCUGGACCGCCCUUCACUUCUGUUUGCCUUUGGUUUGGAAGACAACUUCGUCGAUCCCCUUGCCUAUGAGUAGUCUAUUGUUGUGAUUCAGACUAGACUCUUCGCUUUAGAUAGUGGCUUCUUGCUGCAGCUGGAGGGUGUAGAGGUGUUUGGGGAGCAUUUUGAAUGUUGGUUUCCAACUUUGCCCUCUUCACCGAUAUUCCAAAAACAGAACCAGCCUGGAAAUGUAAAUACACGCAGACUCUGGCCAGAUGAGGUUCUUUUGUGCUUAUCUUUGGUAUCUUUCUCUUGGUACCUAGGUGGUCCAAAACACAGAAUGAAAAAAGAGUCUUAUUAAUAGCCAAGAUAAUGAAGGCAUCGGAACAGAUGCCUCUGGAAAAUAUCAAUUCUGUUUUGGGGGAGGUCGGUUUACUAAUCCCGCUGAAUUGAUGAAGAGGAAGGCUAGCUCAUGGAUUAUGUGGUGGACAGGAUGUGAGGCCAGGAGCCAGCAGGCCAGCUGCUUCACAGGACGCUUCUCUAACCGCGGCUAACAGGAGGAAUGGAUUUGUUGGGAUACAACGUUAGCGUGAACCAUGCAGACAUUUCAACAAUCAUUGCGUCAAUCAGCAAGGUAAACGUAACAGAACCAUGGCUCAGUUUCCAACACCUUUUGGUGCAGGUAGCCUGGACAUCUGGGCCAUAACUGUGGAGGAAAGAGCCAAGCAUGAUCAACAGUUCCAUAGUCUGAAGCCGAUAUCCGGAUUCAUCACUGGUGAUCAAGCAAGGAACUUUUUUUUUCAAUCUGGGUUACCUCAGCCUGUCUUAGCGCAAAUAUGGGCACUCGCUGACAUGAAUAACGACGGAAGAAUGGAUCAAGUGGAGUUUUCCAUAGCCAUGAAGCUCAUCAAACUGAAGCUCCAAGGAUAUCAGCUCCCCUCUGCGCUUCCCCCUGUCAUGAAGCAGCAGCCAGUUGCUAUUUCUAGUGCACCAGCAUUUGGUAUGGGAGGAAUUGGUAGCAUGCCGCCACUUACAGCUGUUGCUCCGGUGCCAAUGGGCUCCAUCCCCGUUGUUGGAAUGUCUCCACCCUUAGUAUCUUCUGUUCCUCCAGCAGCAGUGCCUCCCCUGGCCAACGGGACACCUCCCGUCAUCCAGCCUCUGCCUGCAUUUGCUCAUCCCGCAGCCACAUUGCCAAAGAGUUCUUCCUUCAGCAGAUCUGGUCCAGGGUCUCAGUUAAACACUAAAUUACAGAAGGCACAAUCAUUCGAUGUAGCCAGUGCCCCUCCAGCAGCAGAAUGGGCCGUGCCUCAGUCAUCGAGACUGAAAUACAGGCAGUUAUUCAACAGCCACGACAAAACGAUGAGUGGACACUUAACAGGUCCCCAGGCAAGAACUAUUCUUAUGCAAUCAAGUUUACCCCAGGCUCAGCUGGCUUCAAUAUGGAAUCUUUCUGACAUUGAUCAAGACGGAAAACUCACAGCAGAAGAAUUUAUCCUGGCUAUGCACCUAAUUGAUGUUGCCAUGUCUGGCCAACCCCUGCCACUUGUUCUGCCUCCAGAAUACAUUCCUCCUUCCUUUAGAAGGGUUCGCUCCGGCAGUGGGAUGUCCGUCAUAAGCUCUUCAUCUGUGGAUCAGAGGUUGCCUGAGGAGCCAGCUUCAGAGGAUGAGCAGCAGUUAGAGAAGAAGCUACCUGUAACAUUUGAGGAUAAGAAGCGGGAGAAUUUUGAACGGGGCAAUCUGGAGCUGGAGAAGCGCAGACAAGCCCUCCUGGAGCAGCAGCGCAAAGAGCAGGAGCGUUUGGCUCAGCUGGAGCGCGCUGAGCAAGAGAGGAAAGAGCGGGAGCGCCAGGAACAGGAGCGCAAAAGACAGCUGGAGCUGGAGAAGCAGCUGGAGAAGCAGCGGGAACUGGAGCGGCAGAGAGAGGAGGAAAGAAGGAAAGAAAUCGAGAGGCGAGAGGCCGCAAAACGGGAACUUGAACGGCAGCGACAACUUGAAUGGGAGCGGAACCGGAGACAAGAACUCCUGAAUCAGAGGAACAAAGAGCAGGAGGGCAUUGUCGUCCUGAAGGCGAGGAGGAAGACUCUGGAGUUCGAGUUAGAAGCUCUGAAUGACAAAAAGCAUCAACUAGAAGGAAAACUUCAGGAUAUCAGAUGUCGACUGACAACCCAAAGGCAGGAAAUCGAGAGCACAAACAAGUCGAGAGAGCUGAGAAUUGCCGAAAUCACCCACUUACAGCAGCAGUUACAGGAAUCUCAGCAAACGCUUGGAAGACUUAUUCCAGAAAAACAGAUACUCAAUGACCAAUUAAAGCAAGUUCAGCAGAACAGUUUGCAUAGAGAUUCGCUUCUUACCCUCAAAAGAGCCUUGGAAGCCAAAGAGCUGGCCCGGCAACAGCUCCGAGAACAGCUGGACGAGGUGGAGAGAGAGACCAGGUCAAAGCUGCAGGAGAUCGAUGCGUUCAACAACCAGCUGAAGGAACUAAGGGAAAUACACAGCAAGCAGCAGCUGCAGAAGCAGAAGUCCAUCGAGGCAGAGCGGCUGAGGCAGAAGGAGCAGGAGCGAAAGAGCCUAGAGUUAGAAAAGCAAAAGGAAGAAACUCAAAGACGAGUUCAGGAAAGGGACAAGCAAUGGCUGGAGCACGCGCAGCAGGAGGAACAUCCAAGGUCACGGAAACCCCACGAGGAGGACAAACUGAAAAGGGAAGAGAGUGUCAAAAAGAAGGAGGGCGAAGAGAGAACCAAACCAGAAGCGCAGGACAAACUGAGUCGGCUUUUCCAUCCGCACCAGGACCCGGCUAAGCCAGCUGUCCAAGCACCCUGGUCUACCACAGAGAAAGGCCCGCUUGCAAUUUCUGCGCAGGAGAACGUCAAAGUGGUGUAUUACCGAGCGUUGUACCCCUUUGAAUCCAGAAGUCACGAUGAAAUCACGAUCCAGCCUGGUGAUGUAGUCAUGGUUAAAAGGGAAAGGGUGGAUGAGAGCCAAACUGGAGAGCCAGGGUGGCUUGGAGGAGAACUGAAAGGAAAGACGGGAUGGUUCCCUGCAAACUAUGCAGAGAAGAUUCCAGAAAAUGAGGUUCCCACUCCAGCCAAACCAGUGACUGAUCUGGCAUCUGCCCCUGUCCCCAAACUGGCUCUGCGUGAGACGCCCGCUCCUUUGCCAGUGGCCUCCUCUGAGCCCUCUACAACCCCCAACAACUGGGCAGACUUCAGUUCCACGUGGCCCACCAGCACAAGCGAGAAGCCGGAAACGGAUAACUGGGACGCAUGGGCGGCUCAGCCUUCUCUCACUGUACCCAGCGCUGGCCAGUUAAGGCAGAGAUCGGCCUUUACACCAGCCACAGCCACUGGCUCGUCCCCAUCUCCCGUCCUGGGCCAGGGUGAAAAAGUGGAAGGGCUGCAAGCGCAAGCCCUGUAUCCUUGGAGAGCCAAAAAAGACAACCACUUAAAUUUUAACAAAAAUGAUGUCAUCACCGUUCUGGAGCAGCAAGACAUGUGGUGGUUUGGAGAAGUUCAAGGUCACAAGGGUUGGUUCCCCAAGUCUUACGUGAAACUCAUUUCAGGGCCCGUCAGGAAAGCUUCAAGCAUCGACACUGGCCCUACAGAAAGUCCUGCUAGCCUAAAGAGAGUGGCUUCCCCAGCAGCCAAGCCAGCUGUUCCUGGAGAAGAAUUUAUUGCCAUGUACACUUACGAGAGUUCUGAGCAAGGAGAUUUAACCUUUCAGCAAGGGGAUGUGAUUUUGGUUACCAAGAAAGAUGGUGACUGGUGGACGGGCACGGUGGGCGACAAGUCCGGAGUCUUCCCUUCUAACUAUGUGAGGCUUAAAGAUUCAGAGGGCUCUGGAACUGCUGGGAAAACAGGGAGUUUAGGAAAAAAACCUGAAAUUGCCCAGGUUAUUGCUUCCUACACGGCCACUGGUCCCGAGCAGCUCACCCUGGCUCCUGGCCAGCUGAUUUUGAUACGGAAAAAGAACCCAGGCGGAUGGUGGGAAGGAGAGCUGCAGGCUCGAGGAAAAAAGCGCCAGAUAGGCUGGUUCCCAGCAAAUUAUGUCAAACUUCUAAGCCCUGGAACAAGCAAAAUCACCCCAACCGAGCUACCCAAGUCUGCAGCGCUGCCGGCAGUGUGCCAAGUGAUCGGGAUGUACGAUUACACCGCACAGAACGAUGACGAGCUGGCCUUCAGCAAGGGCCAGAUCAUCAACGUCCUCAACAAGGAGGACCCCGACUGGUGGAAAGGAGAAGUCAAUGGGCAGGUCGGGCUCUUCCCAUCCAACUACGUGAAGCUGACCACGGACAUGGACCCAAGCCAGCAAUGGUGCUCAGACUUACACCUCUUAGAUAUGCUGACCCCGACUGAGAGGAAACGACAAGGCUACAUCCAUGAACUCAUUGUCACAGAGGAGAACUACGUGAAUGACCUGCAGUUGGUCACAGAGGUCUUUCAGAAACCCCUGAUGGAGUCUGAGCUGCUGACAGAAAAAGAGGUUGCUAUGAUUUUUGUUAACUGGAAGGAGCUGAUCAUGUGUAACAUCAAACUGCUGAAAGCACUGAGAGUCCGUAAGAAGAUGUCCGGAGAGAAGAUGCCAGUGAAGAUGAUCGGCGACAUCCUCAGUGCCCAGCUGCCGCACAUGCAGCCCUACAUCCGGUUCUGCAGCUGCCAGCUCAAUGGGGCUGCCCUCAUCCAGCAGAAGACCGACGAGGCCCCUGACUUCAAGGAGUUCGUCAAAAGACUGGCAAUGGACCCUCGGUGCAAAGGGAUGCCACUGUCCAGUUUUAUCCUGAAGCCUAUGCAGCGCGUCACGAGAUACCCGCUGAUCAUUAAAAAUAUCCUAGAAAACACCCCUGAAAACCACCCCGACCACAGCCAUUUGAAGCACGCCCUGGAGAAGGCAGAAGAGCUGUGUUCCCAGGUGAACGAGGGGGUGCGAGAGAAGGAGAACUCGGACCGGCUGGAGUGGAUCCAAGCCCACGUGCAGUGUGAGGGUCUUUCUGAGCAACUGGUGUUCAACUCCGUGACCAACUGCUUGGGGCCUCGCAAGUUUCUGCACAGCGGGAAGCUCUACAAGGCCAAGAGCAACAAGGAGCUCUAUGGCUUCCUCUUCAACGACUUCCUCCUGCUGACCCAAAUCACAAAGCCCUUAGGCUCUUCCGGCACCGACAAAGUCUUCAGCCCCAAAUCUAACUUGCAGUAUAAAAUGUACAAAACGCCUAUUUUCUUAAAUGAGGUCCUAGUAAAAUUGCCCACCGAUCCUUCUGGGGACGAGCCCGUCUUCCACAUUUCCCAUAUCGACCGAGUCUACACCCUCCGAGCAGAGAGCAUAAAUGAAAGGACUGCCUGGGUGCAGAAAAUCAAAGCUGCCUCUGAGCUCUACAUAGAGACGGAGAAAAAGAAGCGCGAGAAGGCGUACCUGGUCCGUUCCCAGCGGGCGACGGGUAUUGGAAGGCUGAUGGUGAACGUUGUAGAAGGCAUUGAAUUGAAGCCCUGUCGGUCACAUGGAAAGAGCAACCCGUACUGUGAGGUGACCAUGGGCUCUCAGUGCCACAUCACCAAGACGAUCCAGGACACGCUGAACCCCAAGUGGAACUCCAACUGCCAGUUCUUCAUCAGGGACCUGGAGCAGGAAGUCCUCUGCAUCACUGUGUUCGAGAGGGACCAGUUCUCACCCGAUGACUUUUUGGGUCGGACAGAGAUCAGAGUGGCUGACAUCAAGAAAGACCAAGGCUCCAAGGGGCCAGUUACAAAGUGUCUCCUGCUGCAUGAGGUCCCGACGGGAGAGAUUGUGGUCCGCCUUGACCUGCAGUUGUUUGAUGAACCAUAGCAGUCCCGGGAUGAUCAUAAAGGACUUCCUUCUCAAGGCCCCACACGCUGUCUGCUGAUCAGCCACGGGGCAACGGGGACAGCAAAGACAAAAGUCCCUCAAGGCUACUAGGAGUAAUUCUCGACAAUCCUGCCCUUCAAACCAUGUCCCAUUUUAUGAAUCCAAAUUCUCUUUGUCCUCCCUAUAGGUCCUAUCAUGGCUUCUAAAGUCUUGGAAAUCCACAACCUACAACUAGGUUCCCUUGGGAGCCUGGAUUCUUCCCCGGGCUGGAGGCGUGGGUCUGGCUACUACAGAGUAGAUUUAUAAACGCAGGGGCUGUAUUUUGGAGAACUUGAUUAGGCCUCCUAUUUCUCACCUCUAGCAGCCCCUUUGCAGACUCCCUGACCUAUGAAGCUCCGUGUGUGGUGUGUUUGGUCCGGUUAUGACGGAAUUGUUGCUGCUUUGGAGUCCAGCCUCCACUGGGAAACAGGGCCCGGGAUCGAAUGCUCAGUAUAAUGGCUCCUGAGGCAGGCACCGGCUUGGCUCCCUGGAAAGCUGCUACUGGAAGAUUCUCGAGUGUGCGUUAGAGCUGUUCAGACCCCGAUUAGUGUCUAUCAGCGAAAACGCACUGGUGCACUAUAGGAUGGUUCAAGAUGCGCUUGGAAAAUGAAUGGUUCUGGAAGCUCAUCUAUGAAGUUCUGUCCUGAUGAGUUAGAUCCACUCCGGGUCCCUGGGAAGCCUUGAUGACAUGGACGUUCCUUACCUACGAAGUUCUGCCCUGAUGAGCAUGAUCGGCUGUGGGGCACUUGGAAGGCUCGAUGACAUUAUUGAGUCCUGGUUUCCGCUAUUCUUGGCCUUGGAGACCCUGUGAUGUUUGGUGAGAAGUUCUGUCUGGUGAGCCGCCUGAGCUGAUUCUGUGUAUGGGUGUACUGGAUCCGACUGUUGAGUGACUCACCCCAGGAGGUCAUGCCUCACAUGGAUGAAGUUUGAAACAGAAAGGAUUCAAGAUGGAACUGGGAGAUGUUGGGAGAUGCUAAGAAAAUCCAUUACUUGGUGUGGGGAGGGGGAAAGACCCUGGGAACACGUGGGCCCUGCACAUGAGGUAGGAAGACGGGAAACUCUCCCCUGAGCUUUCUCGGGCACACACCAGUUUUUUAAUAAUAGAACACAUGUGCUUUUUGCCAGAGUCAGGGUGUAUAGACCAAGUUUUUAGUCUGAGUUCUUCAGGUUUUCUUUUCCUUAAAUGCUAAGAGAUAGGUUGGUUAAGUAGAUAAUGACGUACUUUGCUGAUGGAAAGUGUGGGCAGAGUUUUGUUCCCAUGGUCGCAUUCUCAUGGCCCAGUCUGUGGUCAUGAGUGUUCUUUGCAUGUCUCUGGAUUCUGGCCGCAGGCUCUCCUGGGCUAGGUGGGGGUCUUUUCUGUGGUAGGUCCUCAGGAUUGUUCUAGAAGUUUCUUGUAAGUGAUAGUGUGCCCAUGCCAGAAUAACUACUCUGCUGAAAACUGAGUGCUUCGUGUGACCUCACGCCCACAGGCCCCGUCAAUGUAUGUGUGUCACGUGAUUUUUCAAAACAAUGUAUGUGGGAAAGGACAACAAGGUUUACAUUUCAUACUUCCGAGAAACACUUACUAUUUAUUUAUUGGAGAUAGUGUUGACUUUUGUAUCAAGAACAACAGACAUACCUAUUUUAUUUUUAAACACACCAAUAAACUCUUCAGUUAGCAGCUGCUAGCCGAACACAAGCUAGAUUUAGUUAGCUUCAGGCAUGUAUUGGCUUACCACUUCCCAGCAGAAAACACUCAAAGCGCUUCACGUUUGUGCUUUUUAUGUUAUCAAGAAACUUUUUUAAAUGAAACGUGUAAAUGGAUCCAUAACUCAUCGGUGUAGUGAUGAAGGACAUGUUCCCAUAGUGUGAAAAACAAGUGUUCAGUGUGCAAAUGGCCAGGGUUGAGCCACCAUUCUGUUGACCCUCCCUUCUGUCCCUUAGCCCCGUUUCCCUUCGUCAACUUUAUUUUCAGGUUAGUGUUGA